CCGUCAAACCAGUUUAUUAACUUCAAUAUCGAGAAUAAUUUAAUAAUAGUUUUGCAAAAGUAAGUAACUGUGUUGGUUAUUGAAAAGCAGAAUGCGUUUUAACAAGCGGAUACUGAUAUUUGUUUUACUGAUUUAUGGAUUGGCUUUAGUAAUAAUUAUUGGACGAUCGGCCUUCAAAUUAUCCAACUUCGGUGGGCAGUUAAAAUCGCAAUAUACUCAAGAAACCGGGAAAGCGUCGACAAAUGUCAAUUCGACUAAAAAUAUUCUUACAACAUCAAAUGCUUCUCAAAUGGUCUCGGUGCAUGACAUAUCGGGCAGAACGAGCAUUGUGGAAAAUAAAACUCUUCAGGACAAGGAAAACAAGAUGAUAUUGUGGUACGUUAAACCCGGUUGGAUAACAGAGUCUACGCUUAACCAAACUCUGAAAACAUGUCCAUAUUCGAACUGCUAUACAUCGAAGGACAGGCAAAAGAUUCAUCAGGCUUCGGCAAUUAUGUUCGAGAUACGAAAAGGCGGCGGUCUUUCCUCAUCACCUCCAAUUCCCAUGAAUCAAAGAAACCCCGACCAAGCCUGGGUGUUUUUCAUCGCUGAGCCACCGCUGUUUAAUGCCGAUCCAUCCGAGCCUUACUUUCAGCCCAAUUGGUCAUUUGCUAUGAAUUGGUCGAUGACCUUUAUGCGUGAUGCAGAUAUUUUCUUUCCGUACGGGACGCUUGAAAGGCGAACUGAAGUCCCAAACCGAAAUUACAGCGCCAUUUUCGACCAGAAAACCAAGGCCGCUGCUUGGUUUGUUAGAAAUUGCAUUACACCAAAUAAAAGGGAAAAAUAUGUUGACGAGCUCCAACGCGCGGGUGUAGAGGUUGAUAUUUAUGGCGCAUGUAGCAAAAAAGGACUACGUUUGCCGAGAUUCAGCACCGAUGCAGCGAAGAAAACUCUAAGUCAAUAUAAAUUCUAUUUGUCAUUUGAGAAUUCGAAUUGCGAAGAUUACGUCACAGAAAAGCUUUUUUCCAACUACAAUUAUGACGUCAUCCAGGUUGUUAUGGGCGGAGCAGACUACAAGCGUUUGCUUCCAAAUAAUUCCUACAUAGACACCGCGGACUUCAAAAACGCGACCAAAAUGGCUGCCUAUCUUAACGCCCUGGGAAAUGAUAAAGAUAGAUAUAUUGAAAUGUUGCGAAAUAAGCAACAGUUUGUCUGGAAUGGUCAUAACACUUUCGAUGAAGCAAGCUACAGUAAAUCGUUUUGUACUUUGUGUGAAAAAUUGAACAACUUGGAUUCGAACAGAAGAGUUUACCGGUCUAUGAACGAUCAUUAUCGUAUCAAUCGCUGUCCUCACUUUACAAAAGCAGAGCCUUAUUAUCAUUGACAGUUCCUUGUUGUCGAAGAUAGUGCCAUUUGGUAAUAGACUGCCUUCGUUUCAAAAACAUUGCCAAUUGGUGGCUUUGUACCUUCGUUGUCGAAAACAGUGCCGUUUUAUUGGUUGACGGCCCUUUGUUAUUGAAAUAUUGCCCUAUGUUAAAUAAUUGUCUUGAAAAUUGUGUCCACACUUUAUGGUGAUCACAUAUUUUAAGUUUUAAAACCCUUUCUUGUGAAACUUGUUAGUAGUUCAUGAUGCGGACGGACCGGGCUACCUUCAGAAUGACCCCACCGUCAAACUUUGUACUGGUUAGAUAUUUUCAGUUUAAGAGUAUUACCGAAUGUAUGUUUAAACACUAUUUACCCGCUUAUUUUCUCACUUGUGCCUUAGUAAAUUGUGUAUCCACAGAGUUAUAAUUAUUGGUUAUAGAUAUACAGACAAAUAAACCGUUGUUAUUAGCUUCCAUUCACUACUGCAUGUUUAAGCAUUAUG